AUGAACCCUCCUCACGGCUUCCACGAUAGCCCCCACGACCAGUAUGGCUAUGGCUUUCCGGCCGGGAACUAUGAGGUCCUAUGGCCCGAACCCGAGGAUCCAAACGCGGCCUACUCCAACGCCUUCUGCGACCCAAACCACGUUGCCUAUCCGGCCACGAUGAUCCCGCUAUCUACAAUCCAACCGGCCGAUAAACUCCCUCCCAAUGGUGUCUUUCAAGUCCCUGGCUCGGGCCCCAAUAGCCAAAUACACUAUACCUUUCGCACACCUCCUCAACCCCAAGCUCGAGCGACGCCAAGUUUGUCUUUCCAAAGCCAAAGCCAAGUUCAGGUCCAAGUCCAAGAACAUACCUCCGUCAGGAGACUUGCUCGGCCGGGCACGUACAUACCUUCCCCUUCGACCAAACGUCAAAAGGUCAACCACCCCCACCCCAGCGCCAACGAGCAUGCCGAUGGUGCGGCAACCGCCCUGGAGAGAUGCUACUCCCAGACCGGAUCACAGAGCACUUGCUGCAGCAGUUGCCCCGAAGGUGUCCCUUGCGCGGAACCUGACUGCCAGCUGGACGUCGCAACAGCUUGUACUGAUUGCGACGGCGGAAUUCCUCGGUGCAACGAGUUAAACUGUUUCGACGCUGCCUUCGAGGACCAGCAGUUAUCCGUAGACCACUUCGAACAAGAAGAGGCGCGGUUGUCCGCCUGGGACAACACUGCUUGGACGUCUCAGACAUCCCGAACCUCAUCCCAGCCUUUCACCGAUUCCAUGGUAGACUCUUCGCUCAUGAGGUUCGACGAGUUCGAUUUCCAAGACUCGAUGUCCCCCUCUCUUCCUCCGACUCCUAAUGUCCCAAGCUAUCCCGAGACAUUCCCUUCAGGACCAAUUGGGGAACUUUCUGGUACCGGGGCCCUCUUCACGUCUCCCGAUGGCUGGUCCCCCAAGCCAGAAUUCGGCGCGGCGUCUAUCGACCACUUCUCCUGCCAUUGUUGCAAAUGGAAGGAUGAAAACGGUGAUGUCUGCGGCCAAGUUCGCGAGAAUGAGGCCAGCCUUCAGAUGCACAUCGUAAAGGAGCAUCUCGUUGACUUGGAUAAAAGUUCCAACUACAGGUGUCAAUGGGAAGACUGCGGUCGCCUGGCGAAAAGGGGAGAGGAAAAAUCAGGGUUUUCGCAAAGGGGGAAACUCGAGCGGCAUCUAGCUACUCAUACAGGCUACAAAUGUGCCAAGUGCAAAAUCUGCGGCAAGGAGUUCUCCGCUCAACAAUCAUUGACGCAGCACAUGAAUCUGCAUGAGAAGAUCAAACCAUGGAAAUGCAAGUAUUGUAACAAGGCUUUUCCGCAACAAAGCGCCUGCACUAUCCACGAGCGAACCCACACGGGAGACAAGCCCUUGAAGUGCGAGGAGUGCGGCAAGCAAUUCUCCGAGUCUUCGAAUCUAUCGAAGCAUCGCAAAACCCACGGCGAGAAGGGCAUGCAUUGUUGCCAGUACUUUGGGUGCACAAAAUCCUUUCACAGAUUGGAUCAGUUGAGGAGACAUCAUGCUGUGCAUUCCAAGGAGCUCGCGAGAGCGAGCCCGGUGUCCACUGUUAAGUCAGAGGGCGAUAUGUAA